AUGAAGAAGACCAAGGAUGCGGCAAUUAUCAGCAAGAAAAAAUACGAGAAAGGAAAAGGGUGGAUUGAUCAACAUCAACAGGUCCGGAGCUUAACCACUUCCGCACUUCACCAGCUCCAGUCCAGACCAUCCUCGGAACAACUUUCCCCCGGCCCGCAAAUCUUAUCGGCACCGCGCCGUGUUGUGUUUCAAGAGUCGCUGAGCAGCAGUCCUGCAUUCCAAGCGGUUGGGAACAUGUUCGCCGCUAAGACUACCGCGCCUGCAUCAGGUGGGCUGACUAUCAGCACUUCCUCGACUCCUUUGUUUGGCAACACCACCCAGAACACAUCGGCAUCGGGCACAACGGGCACCACAAGUCUUUUUGGCAAUACAAGCUCCACAGCGCAGUCAAAGCCGGCAACCAGCCUUUUCGGAAACACUCAACAGUCAUCAUCCACGGGGUCAAGCAUGUUUGGUGGUCAGCAGCAGAGUGGAACAGCCACAACCCCUAGCAUGUUCGGGGGCCAACAACAGCAGACUGGGGCAGCCCCUACCACAACCUCAGGCUUGUUCGGUGGCCAGCAGCAGCAGACCGCGACAACCACAACCCCGAACUUAUUCGGAAGCACAACGACCACAGCGACCACACAACCUGCGGCGACACAGAGUCUCUUCGGAAACACGGCGACCCAGACUCAGACAAAGCCUACAUUCAAUCUGGGUGGCUCAACUACGGGGGAGGCUUUUUGUAACAACACUGCUACUCAGCAACCUCAGCAGCAGCAACCCCAGAAGCCUUCGCUCGGUGUAUUCAGCAAUCCUGGCGCAACUCAAACCACCCAAACUUCCCUGCUCGGACAAAGUAGCGCAACGGGAACUGUUGUUCAGGGUGUCAAAGUCGAUAUUAGCAACCUCCUUCCCACCACCAAAUUCGAGAGCUGUUCCGAUGAACUUCGCAAAGAGGUUGAAGCCAUCGACAAUGCCAUCCUCAACCAGAUGAAGCUAUGCCACGAAGUUUCAGACAUUCUCCCCACCAUCGAGUCGCAGGGCGCCUCCAUCCCUAAUGACGUGGACUUUGUGCAAGGAAAGCUGGAGACUAUGCAACAUGCCUUGGAAAAUGACGCCAAUGAUAUCGACCAGCUGCGCAGCCUGGUCACCCGGGAUGCAGCCGAGGCUCAGGUUGCAUUCCGCGCCAUCGAUACCCUCAAGCUGCCCCUUCAGUACCAGACGACAGGCGGUGGCGGCUGGUGGUCAAUGCAAGACCAAAAGGUUGCCGACCGAUCCUCGCUCCGGUCGACUCGCAAGAACACCCUUGCGCUGCCCGAUGACGUGGAGGGAGACCCGGCUACGGCCAAGAGUGUGCAUGGUGUUCCAGUGAACCUAGUGGACUACUUCUCCCAACGCUCCGAUGAGAUGGGCACGGUUCUUGACCGCUACAAGGGUAACUUGAAGGAGAUUGAAGAUCACCUGCACGGUGUGGAACUCUCGUUGAACCGCCAGAUAAAUGAGUUUGUCAGCAAGUCACGGGAUGGAGCUAGCGCUGGAGCUCCCAAGUCGAUCGUCAACGACCUAGCCGCAGUUCUGGGUGAUGUGGAGGCUGGUAUCAUGGGUGUUGCGGCCCGACUUGGGAGCGUGUCGGAGCAAGUUCAGGAGAUGACGCUCGGCCCGCUGUCGGUAGAGAGUCGCUUCGGGUACUGA